ACACACACACACAUUAUAUCUGCAAAUCCAUAUAUAUAUAUAUAUAGCUCUUUUCAGUAGGUGUCAAAAGACUUGACAUAGGUUAGCCCCAUCGCAUCCACCACCAAUGUGACCUUCUGCGGCAGAACAAAGGCAUUUCUGGGGUGAUGAUUGACUCUGUCAAAUUGUGAUAGUGUUUCUCUUGUGAUUGGAAUAGGAAUGAUUGUAUACAAUGGUAUGAACAUCGACAAACGUGUUGCAAAGGUGAUUUUGAAUUUGGGGAUUUUGAUGGGGUGGUUUAUAGCGAGUGAAAAACACUAUGUCUAAUUUCCCCCAAAUGGCUUCCUUUCUUCAUCUCCUUUCCUUGGUCAGCUCUUAUCCAACUGGAUGUAAAGGUGAACCUCUCGAAGGAGGUGGAUCUAGGAAACAAUGCUAUUUAGGACAAAUCGACAUAUACUAUACUGUAGUAGUUGGUGGGUUUGGUGGUGGUUAUGAAGUGCUCUUUGUCUCCAUCUGCUGGUGGUAUGGCUGCAUGGCUGGCUUCCAUCUCUGCUUCAGGCUGUUUUCUCUGUGGUCUUGUUGGGUUUGUUCAAUGGUCAGUAAUGUGUGGGUUUGUGCAGGGGAGAGAAGGUUUGCCCAUACAGCUCUGUGCUCUAGCUAUCUACAGCAUGUUGACUACGUUUGAGGCUUCGGCUAGCUAGCUAUUAGUGAUGUGACAGUUAAUUGUUGUCUUCUCUCAGGCAUGCUGCUAAAAUAAGAAGAAAACAAAUAAACAAAAGUUCAACUGAAGAGUUGUAACACAAGUAAAGAGUGAGAAGUGCCAUCCGAACAUGAUCCAUCCAAGCACAUAACACAUCAUAAUAAUCAAGCAGUAGAAAAUAUACAGUAUGUUGGUGUUAUUCUCUUGUUUUGCUUUUUCUAAUAAUAUUUUUGAACCUAAAUGAAAAUUGAUAACAAUAAAUAUAGUAUAUAAAAGAAAAUGAAUAUAAGCGUAAAAUAUGUCAAACUAUUUUAUCUGUGAUUGCUAAAUUAUAUGGACAGUCCUUCUGUUGGAAGGCUAACACAUCAUCUUCCCUGUGGACCAAUCCUGAUUCAGAACUCUUCAUCUGCUGGGACUUAUAACCUUCCUGAUUGGACCUAGUACAUGUCAAUAAGGCUGUGGGAUUAUACGGAGAGUAGAGUCACAGAUGUGUGUGCGCGGACGACAAACCGAUUCACCUGGUGCUACUAAGUAACUUACAAUAACAGACCCCUCUCUCCCUCUGUACAGGGGGUUGGAGUGUGUUGAUGUCUCCUCAGUCUAACAGCAUCUCUCACACAGCCCAUACCGACAUGGGGAGCACAGACACACACUGAUGUUGAUUGAUAUUCCUAUCUAAAAAGAUAGGAUUCUCUUGUCACUUCAAGCUGUGGACUUUGAGUAGCUGCGGGCGUCUCAUGAAUGUUUCAUAGAUCUGUGUUUUCUAGAUCUGCGUUUCAUAGUUCUGUGUUUUCUAGAUCUGUGAUUCUCUGUGUGUGUCUCCAGAGUGUCAGAGCAGGUGUGUUGUUGGCCCUGAUAUCAUAUGCCUAUACUCUGUCCCCAGAGGGUAUGUGUUUUGUUUACCUUUGAGACUGGGGCGGGCUCAUCUAUAGGCCACACCAUGGGGUGUGUCUUUGUAGUAGACGCUCGGGUGUAUUAAAUGUCAGACCAGGGUGGGGUUCCUGCCCGACUAGAUUCACAGACACUGCAUUGCGUCAACCAAUGGUCGCAUGCCACGUCAUCGACUGCUCAGUCAAAAAUCACAUGUUGUGGUUAACUGGUAUGUUAAACACCUAUCCAGCUGUUGUGAGGUCUGGCAUGUGUCUGCAAUGUUGUUGGGCAGGACCACCAAUACCUGUUUUUACAGCUCUCUCACCUUCCCACUCUUCGUACCUCUCUCCUUCUGAGCUGCAUCCCCGUGGUGGAUUGAGUCUGAAUGAUGUGUAAAUCAAACAUUAAAGAAAUGUGUUUAAACUCAGCCUUUGCUGUCUUCAGCUUUUUUUCUCUACAAAAGUGUAAUGAUAGUAUUUUAGUUGCUGGUACCUUUUUGUUGUUGUCAAGACUGGCUAAGGCUUACAGCUUUGCUCUCACCAACACACACCGGCAGAUAUCUAUCUCAACAAUACCAGUGUCUAUGGGCAGUGUAGGGAGACAGAGGAGGUCCUCCAUGAAGACUCAGCUGGUUAGUGCCAUCCAGCUAGAGGAAGUGGAGAUGGAGGUCAAUAACCCUCACCAAGAGGUCAACAGCCUUUACCAAGAGAUCAACAAACCACACCAAGAGGUCAACAGCCUUUACCAAGAGAUCAACAAACCACACCAAGAGGUCAAAGAGCCGCAGACGUACAGUGUGGAGGAAGCGGUGGAGACCAUCGGCUUUGGUCGCUUCCAUAUUCUGUUGUUCAUCAUCAUGGGCAGUGCCAGCAUAGCGGAGGCCAUGGAGAUCAUGUUGCUGGCCGUGGUGUCUCCUGAGAUCCGCUGUGAAUGGCAUCUGGACGACUGGGAGGUGGCUCUGGUCUCCACGAUGGUGUUUGCAGGGUUCAUGGUGUGUGGAGUGCUGAGUGGAUACGUGGCCGAUAGAUAUGGACGCUGGAAGGUGGUGUUUGGAGGUUCUUUGUGGGCAGCGUAUUUCUCCCUGCUCACCUCCUUCUCUCCGUCCUACGGAUGGUUCAUCUUCCUUCGCCUAAUGGUGGGCUGUGGCGUGGCCGGGUGCUCCCAGGGGUUUGUCCUAAAGACCGAGUUUAUCCCUGCAAGCUACAGAUCCUACCUACUACCUCUCGCCUCAAUCUUCUGGAUGGUAGGCUCCAUGCUCAUCAUCCUGCUGGGUAUGACUGUGGUUCCAACGCUGGGCUGGCGUUGGAUGAUCCGCCUGUCCGUCAUCCCCAGUGUCAUCCUCCUCCUUCUCUUCCAGCUUAUCCCGGAGUCGGCUCGCUACAACGUGUCAGCAGGGAACGUGCAGGCUGCCGUGGAAACACUCCAGCGUAUUGCCAGGAUGAACAGGGCCUCCAUGCCACCAGGGAGCCUCGUGGAACCUGUGGUGAAAGACAGGGGCAGUUGGCGCCUCCUGGUCAGUCCAGCAUUCAGGAGGACCUCCCUACUACUGUGGUACUCAUGGUUUGUGGCGUCCUUCUCCUACUAUGGCUCUGUGUUGAGCAGCUCUGAGCUGCUGGAGAAGAACCUGCUGUGUGUGACAGACGCUGACGCAGAGCACCAGCAGAAACACAGCCAUCCAGAGGACGGGCUGUGCUACUGCAUUCCCUUCGGCUUUAGCGACUACCAGACCCUCCUCAUCAGCUGUCUAGGGGAGGUUGCCCUCAUCCCUCUGAAUAUAUUCCUGUUGAACGUGUUUGGGAGGAAGUUGAGCAUGGUUCUGCUGGAGCUCAUGGCAGCUCUGUUCUUCAUGCUGGUCAACAUUUGCUCUACUAUGUUUGGUUUUACCAUUUUGCUGUUCCUGAUCAGGUCUCUGGUCUCCAUGAAUUUCAAUGUUGUUUAUAUUUAUACUGCGGAGGUGUACCCGACUGCGGUGCGUUCUCUCGGGAUGGGUUUCUGCACUUCUUUCAGCCGCAUCGGAGGCAUGAUCGCCCCCUUCAUAGCACAGGUGUUGAUGUCACACUCAGUGAUUUUAGCUUUGCUGCCAUUUACUGUGGCCUGUGUGCUUUGUGCCGUUGGAGCCUUUCUACUGCCUAUCGAGACAAAGGGACGAGCACUACUGCAAAGUUCCUGACUGUGUGCAUGUGAUUCUCAACACAUUCAUGUCAUUGCAUAUUUACACAUUAAAAGUUGUAUACUUUGA